CGCCGCUCUUUUGGCCCCUCUCGCGUUCCGUAGCUCAGACUUCGUCUGUGCCGACCGCGGCCCCGAGGCCUACCUAUCCCCACGCUGACCGGACUUGACCGCGAAGGUUGAGUGAACGGUCCCAGGGCCGGAGGCGUGACGCCGGUUACGAGACCCCAGGGCCCGGAGGCAAGACUGGGCGACACCCUGGGGCCAGGACCGGGCCCUCGCCGGCCCUUCUAUGGAGACCAGCUGCCUGGGUCGGUGGAGAGCGGAGAAUGACCGGGUAAUUAGCCGGUGGAAGGAGGCCCAGCAUGCUGACCUUGACUGUGCCCUGCAGCGGGCUGCCCGGCAGAGCCACCUGGCCCUCAGCAGACUCCUCUGUGAGAUUCAGGGACUGCCCGCCACCGUCCCUGUACUCCCCCUGGAAAUCACCGUCCUUUACAACGCCCUGGUGUUGGGGGCCGCUUUGGCCGGCGGCUUCACGCAGGACCACAGCGACGGGAUCCGGAUCGGCCUGCGGCGGGUCCUGGAGGCGCGUGGAGAAAGCAGCGGCGGGGACCCCCAGCAGCUGUGGCAGGCCGUCCUCCGGGACCGCCCGCCCCCGGAGCCGUUCCUGCCUCUGCACCGUCUUGCCGGCCUGCAAGGGGCGCUCUGGCUGGCCGCUGACCACCCGGAGAAAGCGGCCGACCUGAUUGGAAGACUGAGCCCCGGCCAGAAGGCCGAGCCGCCGCCCGGAGACCGAGCGACACGAGGAAGGAGCGACACCGGGCGGCUACUGGUGCCACUGGCCCGGUGGGAGCCCCCCAGGGAAGACCCGCAGGCGGCGCUGGCUGUGCAGGGGGCCCAGGAGCUGAGGGAUGUGCUGUUAACAGCCGCCACCUUCCGGCACGGGCUGCAGGAGCUGGAAGCCGAGAACCAGGCCGAGGCGCUGACCGCUCUGCAGGAAGCUGCCGCUGGGCCGUGCUCCCGCGGGGUCCUGGCCAAGAUCCACACGGCUCUGAGCUGCUGCCACCAGCGCCUGGGCCGGCCCCAGACAGCGCUGCAGCUCCUGCUUCAGGCCCUGCAGGCCGACCCCCGCGGAGAGGCUCCCCUCUACCAGGCGGCGGCCCUCUAUCGCCAGUGGGGCCGUACUUCCGCCGAGCUGGAGACUCUGGAGCUGCUUGCGGAGGUCCUGAGCGUCCCGGACGACCGCCGGAGCUCAGCCCUUCUCCGCUGCCUCAUCUGCGUGGAGUUGCUGGUCCCGGGGCCCCGCCCCAACUCCCCCCUGCAGACCACCUCCCAGAGCGAGGUCAAGUGCCUGCUCGCCCGCAGAUAUCUCCGGACCAGGAGAGUGGAGGAGGCCUCAGAGCAUUACCUGGACCUGCUGGCACUGUGGCAGGAGGGGUCACAGCAGCAGGUCUCCCUGCCCAGCGGCUCCCUGCUGCCUGAGGUCUUCCUGGAGGCGGCAGCCGCCUUGGUCGAGGCAGGCAGAGCCCAGGACUCCCUGACUGUGUGCGAGGAGCUUCUCCGCCACGUAGAGGACCGGCUCCCUGCAGUCUUGCGGCUGGAGACCGCCGAGUCCGUCCCGGAGGACGCGAAGGAUCGACUGAGCUGCCUCCUGUGGGCGGGAGCCGCCCACCUCUUCCAGGGCCAGGCCUGGAUUGGCCUGGGGGACUGGAAGCAAGCCGUGUCCCACUUCACCCAGAGCCUCAGCUUCCUGUUCCGCGUGCAGCUCAGCAAUGGAGACGGCAUCUCCCGCUUGGAGGAGUCCCCCCCGGAGGUGGAAGUACUGCGGCGGCUCCAGGGCGCGGCACUGAUUGGGAGAGGGACGCAGCAGCUGGUGAACGGUCGGGAGGCCCAGGCCCUGCAGGAUUUCCUCCUCGGAGCCCAGGUGUGCCCAGGGUGCCGCGACCCGGCCCUCCACCUGGUCCGGGCCCUGUGGAAGCUAAACCGCAGGCCGGAGGCGGUGGCUCAUUGGCGGGAGCUGGAGUCCCCCUCGGCGGAGCUGGACGGAGACAGCCAGCGGGCGGCAGAGAGGCGCCUCCCCUUGUACCUGGUCUCCUGUCUGAGCUGGAGUCGCUUCCCAUCGGAAGAGCCUCUUCUUGGAGAGCUGCGAGCCUACGUGCGGCAAGCCGCCGGCCACUAGCCGCCCCGGGGCCGGGGGGAGGACUGCAUCCUCCUCCUCCGGGCCUCCGGAAGGAGCGUGGAUAAGGAAGAGGGAGCACCCAGAGGAACCGGCGGGAGCUCUGUGGCUCCGCAGAGGCUCCGGAAGGAGCGUGGAUAAGGAAGAGGGAGCACCCAAAGGAACCGGCGGGAGCUACCGUGGCUCCGCAGAGGUUCUGGGGAGGGCCGGGAUCCUCUCCAGAGUCCAUCCGGCCUGGCAGCGGCGUCUUGCCCACCUCUUUGGUGGUUGGUGCCCUGGCAGAGGGCUGGGCCUUCCCUCCCGUCACCGGCCUUCAUCUUGACGCUGUCCUGGCAGCUGGACACUGGCGCUCAGGCUCUGCCCUGCCCCUCUCUGGACCUGGGUGGGGGGGGACGCUAAUAAACUCUGGUGACAAUGGA